ACGAUUUCGCGAAUCGCGAUCGCUGCCCAUUCUUUUUGAUAACGAAAAUUUGUCGAGAGUGAAACGUUGAAAUUAAGGGAAAUUGUGAUACAAACUUUCAAUUCAUUUGCUACAAGUUACGUCUUACAGAAAUUCACGUCUAACAAUACGAAGUUGGCUGCGUAGCAAGCUGAUUGUAAAGUAAAAAGUCGAUCUCAUAUGUCUCUAUUUCAUUCAUCAUAGUUAGCGUGUAGCUUUUGAAAAACAUGCCUCCUCCUAAAGCGAAACAACCUGCGCCCAGCAAAAAGACGGAACAAAAAAAGAAAGAAAAAAUAAUUGUGGAUAAAACUUUCGGUCUGAAGAAUAAGAAAGGUGCUAAAACUCAAAAGUUCAUCCAACAAGUUGAGAAGCAAGUCAAGUCUGGUGGCGCACCGCCGAGAAAGCAAGCCGAAGAACAUGGCAAAAAGAAAGAAGAAAAGCUUAAAGAAGCUAAAGAACUCAAUCAGUUAUUUAGACCGGUGCAAAAAGUAGAAAAAGGAGCCGAUCCGAAAUCCGUCCUAUGCGCUUUUUUCAAAUUCGGUCAGUGUACGAAAGGAUCGAAAUGUAAAUUCUCGCACGAUCUUACUGUCGAAAGAAAAGCCGAGAAAAGAAGUCUUUACGUUGAUAUGCGAGAUGACGACGAAGAUACUAUGGAAACUUGGACCGAAGAGAAAUUAAAAGAAGUUGUCGAAAAGAAACACGGCGAGUUGAAUAAAAAAAUGCCCACUACCGAUAUUAUUUGUAAAUAUUUUCUAGAAGCCGUCGAGAACAGCAAAUACGGAUGGUUCUGGUCCUGUCCAAAUGGAGGCACGUGUAUCUACAGGCAUGCCCUACCACCUGGAUUCGUGCUUAAAAAAGAUCGUAAGCAAGUCGAGAAAACAGAUACGAUAUCGUUGGAAGAACUAAUUGAGAAGGAGCGUUCGGCGUUAACUUCGACAAACAGCACAAAAUUAACGUUGGAAACGUUUUUGCAAUGGAAGAAGAAAAAACUUAUGGAAAAGAAGAAAGCUAAGGAGAAGGAAGAAGAAAAGAAGAGAUUGAAUUUCAAAGCGGGACAUCACAUCGGGCUUUCCGGACGUGAUAUGUUCAGUUUUAAUCCAGAGUUAGCCAUGAUUGACGCCUACGACGAUGGAGACGAAGCUUUUGAUAGUUACUCGAGAAACGACGAAGAGGAAGAAGAAGGCAUUCGAUUUGUAGAUUUAGAUGUCAGCGCGUUAGGAUUUCACAUCGAAGAGGAGACUGAAACUAAACCGACUAACGACAAAGGCGAUACAAAUUGCAACAACGAAGAGAAUUCCACCGAUUCGGCACCUAUCAACGAACAACUUUUUAUGCAAGAUUUGGAAACGGAAAUCGACAAAGAAAUGGAGAAAUGCGCCAUUUCCGAAGAGCAACCGGUCAACUGAAUGCCCUCGGUGCAACUUCUUAUCGAAGAUUUUUCGUAUUUCCCAGAACGAUCGCAAAAUGUACAGGCCUAUCGAACUACGUUAACGUGAAAAAAUUGUAUCAUUUUUACCGUUGUAUGACGUUUAUUCUUCGUUGCAACGAAUGCUGUGUGCGUGUACGGCACUCAGUAAACCGAAUUGUUCGCAUCGUAACGUCAUUUUACUCGAAUUUUAGCAUAUACGUUUUUUUUUCUCCUUUUUUUUUAUACUGUGUUAUUUGGUAAUAAUUGUGUAUUUAUUUUAACAAAUUUGUUCCCCAAACCAGUUUAAAGAUUUACUCGUACGAAGUUAUUCAGGCUCUCCGUUUGUUAAUAUUGCGAAUAAAGUUACUCGGAUGCGUACCGCAA